AUGCCGCCCUCUGCUGCGUCCAAGAAGCAGAAGCAAGCCCUUACUUUGGCCCAACUCGCCUCCUACGACGACUUUCUGACAGAUGCCCUCGUUGACCAUGCAUUCUACUGGACCACAAUCCCCAAGAACCGCAAUGGCUACCACCCGUCCCGAGGAAUCCGCGAGGAGGAAAUCACUCAAAUCAUUCAGUCCGAGAUUGUCGUCAACAAAGACCUCGAGGCCGCCGAGCGCAAACUGCUAGCCACCGAUGGCUUUCGCAAGUUCUUCAAUGCCCUCAAGACAGACAAGGCCAAGGAUGAUUUCAAGCGCCACAUGCGUCGCUAUACCCAGGUCUACCUUCCCGACUGUCCUUUCGAAGUCAACUCCACCAAUCGCUACACCAUCGUGUCGCACGAGGCUGCCAUCACCGCUCGACGCUUCAUCAGGAGGAACGAGAACAUCAAGUACCUUGCCGGAACCCAGGUCAACAUCUCUCCCGAAGAGGAGCGGGAAAUGACUGCCCGCAAGAAGGACUUCAGCAUCAUUAUCUCCUCACGGAGUAAAUGCGCCAGCUUGUUCAUGGGCCCUGCGCGAUUCGCGAACCACGAUUGCGGUGCCAAUGCGAAGCUGAUGACUACGGGUACAGCCGGCAUCGAGAUUAUUGCGACGAGGAACAUUGAGGCCGGAGAGGAAAUUACCGUCACGUACGCUGAGAACUACUUUGGAGAGGACAACUGCGAAUGCCUCUGCAGAACCUGCGAGAACAAAUGUGUCAACGGUUGGGCGCCUGCUGAGGGGCAAGUGAUGGUUAAGAAGAGCAUUGAGGAGUCACUGAUGGACGGCUACUCUUUGCGCCGACGGAGGAGAGACGACAGCAGCGGUCCUUCAUCCCGGACCCCUUCCGUUACUCCCGACAUCCGUCCACGGGUCUCCAAAUCUCGACUGAGAGGAGGAAAGUCUGCGCGAGAUUCUUUGGCGGUCGACUCGCCAAUGUCUGAUGCGCUGUCGCCGAACAAGAAACGAUCACUGGACUCGCUUGUCACACCACCCAUCACUCCGUCAAAAAGGCGCAAGCUCUCCGCAACACAAUCUGCACCUGCCCCCACCGAACAUGUCAGCUCUAGAGACAGCUCGGCCUCCGAGUCUGUGCGCAGCAUGUCUCUGACGAGCGGCUCUAACGAAGACGGCUCGGUCACAGAUAUCACAGAACCGGAGAAGGAUACACCGGAGCCGACCCAGGCACGAAAGGCGGAAUUGGUGAAGGAGGAGGAUUGUGAGGAGUUGACGGAGCAGGUCUUGGCCCAGGCUGCGCCAUUCUCUUCUCAACGGCUGGUGAAGACGGCUUCUACGGCAUCGGUCGAAACGUCUAGUUCGACACGAGAAGCUUCCGUCGCAACGACUCGGUCGAUACCCAUAUCGUCCUUGUGUGAUCCUCCGCCGCCGCCAUCCGCGUCUUCUAUGCGAGAUACGUCAGUCGCUAGAGCCAUGGCGUUUUCGAGUGACGCUGUCUCCUCCACGGCCAGACCCGUUAUGAGCAUCGCGGCCGCCAUGUGUGAGAAUAUCAGCCCAAGACGAGUGGCAAUGUCAGACGCUAGCAUCUCUGGCAGAAACAGUUUGAAGAUUAUGCAGGUGGAGAGAAUGGUGUCAACAAAAGAGCCGCUUACAAGCCCCCGCCAUUUCGUGCAGGAAGCGUCAACUGUUGAGGCCUUGACGUCAAUUGAGCAGGACGCACCGAUCAUUCGCAGCUCCGAGACGGUGCAGAGCUUGAAGGUCGAAGCACCGACGUCGACAGAGAAUCCUGCGCCGAUCAUGGACAAUAUCAAAGUCUGUGCGGUGGUUGAUGAGACGAUGGAGGCUGCUGACCAACCGCCCCUGAAGAAGCGCAAGUACCAACGGCGCACCUUCAUCAAAGAGACAACACCACCCGCGAAAACCCGAACGCCCGGCGAUUACACGCUAACGCCGCUGCUGCUCUCUGAGCCGCAGACAGCUUGGGUACGCUGCAUGAACUGCGAGACGGCCUUUGUGCAGCAGAACGCCUACUAUACCAAGAGCUCGUGUCCGCGUUGCGAGAGGCAUUCCAAGCUCUACGGGUACAUAUGGCCAAAGACGGAGAGAGCUGGACCCCGCGAUAAGGAGGAGCGCAUUCUUGAUCACCGCCUCAUCCAUCGGUUCCUGGGACGCGACGACGAGGCGCGCAUCCGCGGCCGAAAGAGACCUACCACAGGAGCGCCAUCAGAGGCAGGCGAGGAAGACGCGGGGUCGGAAGCCGGUGGCAAGGCGACGCCCAAGUACAGAAUUGGAAACAGGCGCCAGAGAGCCGCAGACGAAGAUUCCGGGGAAGCUGAAGACACAACCGGGUUGAGACGGAGCGGUCGGAUGCGCAAGGCUAGCAUCAAAGUGGCAGGCGAGUGA